AUGGCGCCUUUACUGCUGGAUCGGCUGCCUAGCUUGACGAGCCCUCUGGGCAUCGUCUUGGUGGUUUUGGUGACCGUUUUCGUGCUCUACUCUGUCGAGAAUCUCAUCCAUGUACCGUACCCUCCGGGGAUUCCGCUAAUUCGUGAACCUGAGGGUACUCGUCGGUUUAGUCUGCGGACGAGGUAUGCCUACCUCACGGAUUGUCAGGCGCUCUUCCGCGAGGCAUAUCACGACUACAUUAAAAAGGGAAAACCUGUUGUCAUUCCAGGCUUCGGUUUCCGAAAAGAAGUCAUCCUCCCCCAAAGCUCCAUGAAAUGGGUCCUCUCCCAACCCGACGAAGUCCUCAACGUCACCAAAGCCUUUGCAGAGGUAAACCAGGUCAGAUGGAGUCUCGGGCACGAAAAGAUCGCCGUCGAUGCGUGGCAGGGCAUGCUCGUCAAGAGCGAUUUGAACCGCGUGCUGGAGAAUAUUGUCAACGCCAUGAACAAUGAGCUCAAGACUGUGUUUGAUGAGCAGUUUGGGAAGGAUACUGAGAAUUGGAGGGAGAUUGAUCUUAGGUCGACGAUUCAGAUUAUUGUUGCGCAGGCUGCUAGCCGGUUUACUGUUGGACUGCCGUUGUGCCGCAACAAAGAUUACCUCAAGACAUCUCUCAAGAUUAACGACCUUCUUAUUUUAAAUGCUGGUCUCACUGGAGGCUUGCCUCUUGUCUUGCAGCCCAUCGUCGGCACCCUUCUCAGCAUCCCAACAGGCAUACAAUUCCGCAAACUUAAGAAGUGGUUCGUUCCUCUCUGGAAGGGACGCAUGGAAGCCGACCCAAGUGUUCCCGAGCCCCAGGAUCAUCUACAGAUGAUGCUUCGAUAUGGCCAGCGCGAACGCCCAGAUGAGAUCAACGACAUGGAUGUUAUGACCGGGCGUCUGAUUGCUCAUAACUUUGGUUCAAUGCAUCAGACACAGAUCCAAGUCACCAACCUGAUUCUCAACGUGCUUGGUUCUGACGCCGAGUUCAACACCAUCGCCGUCUUGCGCGAUGAGAUCGACCGUAUCCUCGGUCCUGAUGAGGACGCUCAAUGGACGAAGGCUCUUGUUAACCAGAUGACCCGUGCCGAUAGUCUUUGCCGUGAGACUCUCCGCCUGGGUGCUUUCGGAGGAAGAGCCAACUUUCGCAAGGUCAUGACGUCUGAUUUCACGACCGAAGAUGGCAUCCCACUUCCCAAGGGUCUUAUGAUUUCGUUCCUCGGUCAGCCAGCCCAGACGGACGAGGAAACCAUGGAAGACCCCCUCAAGUUCGACCCUUUCCGCUUCUCCCGCAUGCGCGAACUUGCUGUCAGCCGUGAUGAAAAGGUGCCUCUUGUGAGCAUGGUGUCAACGUCGCCCGAGUUUCUCCCCUUCGGACAUGGAAAACACGCUUGCCCUGGUCGGUUCUUGAUUGAUUUCGAGCUCAAGAUGAUUCUUGCGUAUAUGUUAAGGAAUUAUGAUAUUGCGUUCCCGAAAGAGUAUGAGGGCAAGAGGCCGCCGAAUGUCUGGAUGGCUGAGGCCGUGUUACCGCCAGAGGGCGUUAGGAUCAGGAUCAGAAGAAGGACGAGGCAGCCUAGUAAUUAG